CCUUGAGAUUCCCAACUCUUACGCUGCCAAAACACUGAAUUGUGAAGACAGUCGUUUAUUACUUACUUACAGCUUGUACCAAUAUAUUCAACAAUCAUGAAUGGUGGAUCUUCGGAUUUCCAGCAAUCCCAAGACUCUCCUUAUCAUUCCGACACCUCCGCGCCGACGCCGAAAACUCCACGUGUCUUGUCGUGCAAUCAUUGUCAGCACCGCAAGGUGAAAUGCAAUCGCGUGUUUCCCUGCAAUAACUGCCUCAAGGCCAAUAUACCUUGCGUGCCGUCAACGCCGGCUGCUCCACGCAAGAGAAGAGCGCCAAAUGCCGUCUUGCAACAGAGAAUCAAGAAUCUUGAGGCCCUGCUGGAGCAAUAUGCUUCUCAAGGGUCACCUAAACAAUCUGCCGAUACAAACGGAUCGGCUCAUGAUCUUUUAGAAGCGUCUGCCAGAUCAUCGCCCGCCCAGUCCAAUGGCCAUGGUACGCUGACGCCAAAUGGUCCUGGCAAGUUGGUGGUUCGGAAUGGCGGGUAUAAAUUCCUGGAUAGCUACGUCUGGGGGAGAAUACACGAUAACAUUUCAGAAAUGCGUCAUAUUCUUGAUGAAGAUACUUCGGACGAAGAUAAUUGCAGCGAUUCUCCUGCCCCCCACGAAGACGAUGAUCUUCUUCUGGCUAAAACGUCAGCUCUAAGUCUCAAUGAGCAGGCUCAAUUACCCUUUCAGAUCCUUCGUUUGUGGCAGGUGUUCCUUGAGAGGGUCAAUCCUCUGACCAAGAUGAUACACACUCCCACUACGGAGCAUCUGGUUAUUGGUGCCAUGACAAACCAUUCUAACAUAUCGCACAAGAAUCGUGCACUUUUGUAUGCCAUCUACCUUGCAUCUGUCGUCACUCUUACGGGCGAAGAGGCUAUGACUAUGCUUGCCUUGCACAAGGAUGAAGCGAUACAUACAUUCACACAGGGCCUCAAGAGGGCAUUGAGCAAGAUCAACUUCCUCAGAAACUACGACAUGGUUGUCCUUCAGGCUUUGGUUUUGUACUUGAUAGCCUUACAAGGCCGCAGCAAUCACGACGCAGUAUGGGUUCUCAGCGGCGUUGUAAUACGCAUUGCUCAUAAAAUGGGCCUUCAUCGUGACGGUGAAGCACUCGGUCUAACCCCCUUUGAAACAGAAAUGCGGCGCCGAGUCUGGUGGCGAAUCGUCAUACUCGAUUGUAUGUACGCCGCGACAUCGGGAAUGAACCCAACACUGCUACCAUUGGGAUGCGACACCGAAAUGCCUCACAACAUAAACGACGCCGACUUCUCACCAGAGUCCAAAGUCAUUCAGCCCAAGCAGGGUCCCACAGAAAUGGUCUUUGCCCUACUGCUCUACAAGAUUGUCAAUUUUGUCAAAGACAAUCGCCUGUCCGAAUGCGACCAUCUUCUUCUUGGAGGACAAGACGUCGAGCCUGGAACUCCCGAAUACAAAGUCUAUCGGGAAUCACUGAACGAUUUGAGCAACCUCGGUGAUGAAUUCGACAAAAUGAUGAGUGAAGUGGAGAAGAAGUACUGUGAUGCGUCAUUAGGACCACUUCAUGUCUACGCUCUGGUCUUUCGACCUCAUAUCCUUCGAGAGGUCAGAACGAUGGCGACUGCAAUGGAUGAAAUACCAGAAUGGGGUACAGAGGUCAAGAACUCCCAUGAUAACUUCUUCCGAAUCUGGCUUGCUCAUAAUGAGAAUGAAGUUGGGCUCCUUGAUCUCACAGCGAAUGGCCCUUUCGCAUACUCUUCAAAGUCUUACUUUCACUUUGACUCGCUGCUGUUCCUCGCCGGUCAACUUGUUCAUCGUUCUCCCGCUGGAUCCCUUACAGAGCGGACAUGGAGUCUCUUCGAUCGGUUCUAUUAUUAUCAUGAUGAGUUGUACAACCUAUCUCAGCGCCAACAUUUCCAACUUGCUAGACUUUUGCUCAAGGCCUGGGGGCCGCGAGAAAAGGCUCUUGAGCAACUUGGAACUCCUUUUGAGAUACCAAUUUGCGUCCAGAAACUUCAGAUGGCUGUGUCGCAGGCUGGAUUAUCAUGGAUGACCCCAAGAGACGUUCCGUUCACACCUAGGAGUGGUGCAAGUAAUGGUGGAAUUGAUCAGUUGCAGGUUGGCACAAAUGGAUGUACGCCGACGGAUAUGUUCCCAGACAUGAACAUGGCUGGUGACUGGUCCAUGUCGGGUAACCUCCAACCUAUGGAUACCCAGAACCCAGUUCUGCCUAUCUUUGGCUUCUUCAAUAGUACGACAUGGUAGGGAAAUGCAUUUUUUUCGGGCAACACGCGGGAGUAACAUGGGAAUUCUGGGGUUGCACUGUCAGUAGUCAAUUAAUAGAUAUCUGU